AAGCUUGGGUCCUUGCUAUCCCAUGUGCAUAAAGCAACUCUCAUUGCACUGACCAUUCCUUUUAUGUUCCCUACAGUAUUUGAAUCAUUCAUCCUUUUGGGUAUUACUUCAGUUACUCACAGAAUUGUCAGAUAAAGCAAAUCUAACUCUCUCCCUUUUUGUGUCCCCUCUCCCCUUCUCUCUCACUCCCUUGUCUCUACCAAUCCUAGUUUGAAGAAACAGAAUUAGCAAAAUCCAUGUCAAAAAUUCUACCACUAGUUCAUACUUCAUAGUGUCCCUUUUCUUUUUCUUCUUCUCUCUUUGUUGGUUCAGCUAAACCAUAGAUAAACCAGAAACUGUUUGAGAUAAUUCCCCACUGGUGGUUUUUACCAUGAGGGAGUUUCCAUCUUGUUUUGGAGAAAAUGGUGUUCAGGUAGCUGAUUCAUCCUCAUCAAGUAGUACCACAAGAGGAGCUCAGAAUGCAGUUACUUGUGUCUACCACAGCAAAUUAAGAGGCCGUUCUUGCUUGAUUACAGUCUCAUGGACCAAAACUCUGAUGGGUCAAGGCAUGAGUGUGGGAAUUGAUGACCUUUCCCAUAUUUGCCUCUGCAAGGUUGAAAUAAAGCCAUGGUUGUUCUUAAAGAGAAAAGGGUCAAAGAGUUUAGAGGUCCAAUCUGGUAAAAUUGAUAUCUUUUGGGACUUGAGUUCUGCUAAAUUUGGUUCUGGACCAGAGCCAUUAGAGGGGUUUUACUUAGCUGCUGUGUUCAAUCAGGAAAUGGUUCUGCUCCUUGGGGAUCUGAAAAAUGAGGCAUGCAAGAAGGUUCACAGUGAUUGUGUUUUUGCUCACUCUGGUGCCAGUUUUAUUGCAAAGAGAGAGCACAUUUUUGGGAAGAAAUUUUAUGGUGCAAAGGCUCAAUUUUUUGAUAAGGGGAAAGUACAUGAUGUCACAAUUGAGUGUGACACUGUUGGGGUUAAUGAUCCAUGUCUUGUGAUACGAAUUGAUAGCAAGACAGUGAUGCAGGUGAAGAGGCUGAAAUGGAAAUUCAGAGGGAAUCACACUGUUUUGGUGGAUGGGGUUCCUGUUGAAGUGUUUUGGGAUGUGCAUAAUUGGCUUUUUGGAAAUGCUUUGGGCAAUGCUGUAUUUUUGUUCCAAACUUGUGUUCCAACUGAGAAGAUGUGUGAAGAAAGCCAAUCAGUUUCGGAUCCAGCUUCACUAACACAGGGUUCUUCUCAGCAGUUUAGGGAUUCCCAGUUGCAAGGUUUUGGAUUCUCUUUGGUUCUGUAUGCUUGGAAGAACGAGUAGUCAACAAUGGAGGUGUUGAAUCUUAUCUUUGAGUGUUUAAUUGAUAUUGACAACUAGCUAUAAUUUCAACAGUGAACGUGGUUGUGCAACCUUAUACAACCUUUUCCUUGUGCAUAAUAAAUUUUUCCCUAUACUUCCCUUUU